UCGAAACCGGCUAUUCUUCAGCGGUUCACGCAAAAUGUGGCGCGCAUCUCCGCUUUCUUUCUUUCUUCUCAAUAUUCCAAUUUUUUUCUUUUUCCUUGCCUAUUAGGACUCUCGUAUUUAAUGGCUUUUAUCGCUGACCAAAAUGCAUCGUACUGAAAAAUUUCAACACAAAUCAAAAUCAAACCAUGGCUCGAAAAUCCUUCCCAAUCCUAAAAAAACUGAUCCAACAAUCCACCUAUCGCUGUUUCACCACUAACGCCUCGCCACGAGCCGUCACGCUGAUCCCAGGCGAUGGCGUUGGUCCACUGGUAACCGAUUCAGUGGAACAAGUGAUGCAGGCAAUGAAGGCACCCGUUUACUUUGAGAGGUACGAAGUACGCGGUGAUAUGAAAUGUAUUCCGGAGGAAGUAAUUGAUUCGAUUAGGAAGAAUAAGGUUUGUUUAAAAGGAGGGUUAAAAACACCGGUCGGCGGUGGUGUUAGUUCGCUGAAUGUGCAAAUGAGGAAAGAGCUUGAUCUGUACGCUUCUAUUGUGCAUUGUUUCACUUUCCCAGGGUUGCCUACGCGGCAUGAGGAUGUGGAUAUUGUUGUAAUUAGGGAGAAUACCGAGGGAGAGUAUGCUGGCCUUGAGCAUGAGGUUGUUCCUGGUGUCGUUGAGAGCCUUAAGGUGAUAACAAAAUAUUGUUCUGAGCGUAUAGCAAAAUUUGCGUUCGAGUAUGCUGAUGUAAACAAAAGAAAGAAGGUUACAGCUGUGCACAAAGCCAACAUUAUGAAACUUGCAGAUGGUCUAUUCCUAGAAUCAUGUAGAGAAGUUGCAGCAAAGUAUCUAGAAAUACAGUACGAGGAGAUUAUUGUGGAUAACUGCUGCAUGCAACUUGUCUCAAGGCCAGAACAGUUUGAUGUCAUGGUGACACCCAACCUCUACGGAAACCUAAUUGCAAAUACAGCUGCUGGUUUAGCUGGUGGAACAGGAGUCAUGCCAGGAGGUAAUGUUGGGACUGAUCAAGCAGUAUUUGAGCAAGGUGCUUCAGCUGGGAAUGUUGGCAAUGAAAAGAUUUUGAAGCUUAAGAAAGCAAAUCCAGUGGCGCUUCUUCUGUCGUCAGCAAUGAUGCUUAGACAUCUUGAAUUUCCAUCAUUUGCUGAUCGUUUAGAAACAGCUGUAAAACGUGUAAUAGCAGAGGGAAAAGUCAGGACAAAGGACCUUGGAGGGGAUUGCACUACCCAAGAAGUUGUUGAUGCAAUUAUAGCUGCUCUAGACUAAUCAGCAAUAUAUUCUGAAAAGAGUUAAGAAAUUUUGUUCACUGUCCAGAUAUCUACUUGGCCUAUUUUUCGAGCAGCUGCAGUUUUGUUUAAAUCUGCUUUCUAUAAUUUUGCUGCUACAUUUUUUAUUUGUGCUAUCAUUGGUUAAUAAUUCAAAUUUGAUGCAUGAUUGCUGUCUAUGCCCUGUGCAUAAAAUCCUGUAAAGGAUCACUUCUUGAUCUGUCCAUAUUAUUUAAAGGAAUUUUGCUUCGUGGUGAUAUCCA